CACACGCAAGACGCAGAAAAACGUGGGUUCGAGUCUUCGAGAAUAAAACAAAGUCCAAAGCUUCAAAAUGAACGACAGAUACAAUAUUCACAGUCAGCUGGAACAUCUGCAGUCGAAGUACGUUGGUACUGGUCACUCUGACACAACACGAUUUGAGUGGUUGGUGAACCAGCAUCGUGACAGCGCUGCAUCUUACAUCGGGCAUGAAAAUCUUCUUGAUUACUUCGCUUUGGUAGAAAAUGAAUCGAAAGCCAGAGUGAAAUUUACUCUACUGGAGAAAAUGUUACAACCUUGUGGUAACCCUCCUGAAAGACAAGAGGAAACAUGAUAUAUUUUCUGUUGGAAUGGAUAGAUUUUUAUGAAAAUGCUUUUUCACAUCCAAAAUAUUUUCCUCUGCAUGCUAUAAACCGG